AUGUCGAUUUCUGCUCGCCUACGGCCUCCAGUCGAUCAAAUUUCCUUACUUAUUAAUCACUCUGUCUUGCUAUUAUUUUCUGUUCUUCCUUCCUAUCUAUCUAUCUAUCUAUCUAUCUAUCUAUCUAUCUAUCUAUCUGCUUGUUUCACUAAAACUGUUCAUAUCUAUCUGAAAUGUUAUUGCGAACUUCAUAUCUAUUUAUCUACUUAUAUAUCUAUCUAUCUAUAUGUCUGUCUAUCUAUCAAUUUAUUCCUAACUUUUCUUCAUUCUUUCCUUCGUUCUUUCUAUCUAUCUAUCUAUCUAUCUAUCUAUCUAUCUAUCUAUCUAUCCCAAACUUUCUUUCUUUUUUGUAUCUCUCUAUCUGCCCAUGUAUUCCAAGCUUUCUUUCUUUCUCUAUUCAUUCUUUCUUUCUUUCUUUCUUUCUAUCUAUCUAUCUAUCUAUCUAUCUAUCUAUCUAGUGGAUACAAUUUCCUAAAGUUGCAUCCAACUCUCCAAUUAUGGAGAACACUAAAUAAUAAUGAAAAACUCUCAACUAUACUCACAGGAGAAUACCCUGCUACAUAUCCAUUUCUCUCUGUCUCUCACUCUCUCUAUCUAUCUCUCUAUCUAUCUAUCUAUCUAGCUAUCUAUCUCGAUUUGCAUAACAAGCAACUCAGUGUUAUCAAGAAACAGAUUGCAUCGGCGCAAGACACAUAA